AGGAGCUCCAGACGCAGGUCAACACGGAGGGCGAGGACGAGGCCCGCAUGUACAACAAGUUCGCGUGCUUCUGCAAGGACACCAUGAAAGACAAGGGCGAGGCUGCUCCAAGCCGCUGGGGGACAGGGGGAACGGACGCCCUCACCGCGGAGAUCGGGGAGCUGCAGUCGAACCGCGCGGAGACCUGGACACCGACAUUGCGCAGCUCGAGACGGCCAUCAGUGACACCAGGAAGACCAUGGACGAGGCGCAGGAGACACGCGACGCGGAGCUGAAGCAGUACGAGGACGCCGACGACGCCGACCUCAGGGCGGCCCUGGAUGCCCUCAGGGGCGCGAUCAAGGAGCUGAAGGCCGCGAAGACCUUUGUCAAUUCCGAGUACGAGGGCUUCCUGCAGACGAAGCGCCAGGCGCUCGGGGCCAAGGUCCAGCACGCCCUGCUGCUGGCCGAGGCGCUCGGCUUCGCCCCAGAGGCCGUGCAGCGGGCCACCGCCUUCUUCCAGCAGGGGCAGCCCUCGGAUCCGGCCCCGCAGAUUCCGACCGAGGCCUACACGUUCAAGUCGGGCACGAUCAUCGAGACGCUUGAGG